AUGCUGCGUUCCAUCCCCACAUCAUGCCCGCGCGGACUGCAAGACUCGCACUGUGAAUCUGGCGAUGGAUGCGGGACUCUUGCUAGCAAAUGUGGGAUCUCCGCAGCGGAUUUCACCAAGUACAACUCCAAGCUCGAUUGCUCUAAGCUCGCUCCUGGUCAAUGGGUUUGUUGCUCCUCGGGGACCUUGCCUUCACGGUUAGUGAUUACUCGUAUUCCUCCGUGCAGUAUAGAUCCUCACAGAAUGAGGAUACAGCCGACCUUCUCAGAAUGCGGAUGGGUCUUGUUAUGCGAUGACGUUGUCGAUGGCACUACAUGUACUGGUGUCUCAGCAACAUAUGAUAUCACUAUGGAUGAGAUCAACAAGUGGAAUCAGAAGACUUGGAGGUGGACCGGGUGUGGUGGACUUCAACCCGGCAUGCGUAUCUGCGGGUCUACAGGUACACCCCCACUCCCAAAAACCAAUAGCUGUAGGCCCUUGAACUUCUCCUCCGAACUAUUGGUACUUACUGGAGCCGGCCUAGCCAUUCCGUGGGGUUACUGCGGCAUCACCGAGGACUUCUGCACUGUUAACAAGACCGGUGCGCCUGGUACCGGAUGCCAGAGCAAUUGCAAGCUGCUAAGUGAAUUUGACAAUGUCGGCAAGGCUACUGCCAAUCCCGGACGAAACAUCAUCGGCUAUUAUAGUAACUGGGCUGCCACCGUAGCUGUGAUGGUGUCCCCAACACUGUUCUCCCGGCUCAGCGUCCACAGCGAUGAUGAUGAACUCAUCAAGGAGCUGCAAGGGUUGAAGAAGCAGAAUCCGAACCUCAAGACAAUGUGGGCCGUCGGCGGCUGGGCAUUUAAUGAUCCACCGUAUCAAGACAUUUUCUCGACAAUGGCUCGUACUUCAUCCAGUCGCGCAGCAUUUAUCAAGAAUGUACUCAUCAACUGUCGUCAUACGGCUUUGAUGGUAUUGAUAUUGAUUGGGAAUACCCUGGCACUGAGCGCGGAGGUGUCGAAGCGGACGGCAAGAACUUCCUCUGCUUAUGAAGGAGCUGCAAGCCGCCAUCAAGGCAUCUGGCAAACGAGUCGAGGUCAGCUUCACGCCCCGGCGUCGUACUGGUAUGUACCUCCAACAAUUCCCGAUCAAGGAUUGCAAGAAUACACCGAUUGGAUCAACCUCAUGACCUAUGAUAUCCACGGAUCCUGGGACAUUAAAUUCAACACUGGCGUUCUGCCACACACCGCCAUCCCUGAGGUCAACCAAGCGGUCAAUAUGAUGCUGAAAGCAGGUGUGAGGAUGGGUAAGAUUAACCUUGGAAUCGGCUUCUACGGACGUUCGUUUACGCUCGCCAACCCAUCUUGUAAUGUUGUGGAUCGGAUACGAGAACCCGGAUACAUCGCAAAGAAACUCGACUUUGUGCUCAAGCGUGCCAUGCCUGGAGUGCUAAUCUGGGCGACCGACCUCGACAUAAACAACAACUUGCUGUCCUCUGUCUUGGGCAAAUCACUUGCGCAAUUGCCCUCAUCUUCAGACUGCCCGGCAGAUGGCGUAUGGCCGAGAACAGAAGCUGGCAAAAAGGCCACAGUGACAUGCGGGUCGGAGGGGGAACGAGGAGUAGACCGUGCCUUGGACCCGGAUGGGGAACUGAGGAGAGCUUUUUCUGUGGGCAGUCACAACUGA